GUACUCUCUGAAGGGUCUUCAGGUGAUGGCCAUGGCCAUGAAGAACACGGCCACGAAGAACAUGGUCAUGGAAAAGGUGGACAUGAAGGCCUCAACUGUCAUUUCCACGCAGGAGUAGAAAAGAAAAAACGUCACCUGCUUACAGCUGUCAGGCACUGUAUCCCAGAAAAUGGAUCUGAGGCACCUCCUAUGUCUUGUGAUCGAGUUGAUCGAGAUUACAAUAUCCCUUACCGUAUUGGCUCCCUAUUUGCCAUUUUAGUCACAAGCGCAAUCGCCGUGUUCGGUCCCGUUUUGAUGCAGCGAUUCUUCGCAUCGACUAUGAAUAUCUUUGUGUUCACAAUAAUCAAGCAGCUUGGCACAGGUAUCAUGAUUGCAACUGCUUUCAUCCAUCUCCUAACACACGCGGAACUCAUGUUUGGCAACCAAUGCCUUGGCACUCUUCAAUAUGAAGCCACCGCGACAUCCAUCUUCAUGGCCGGCCUAUUCAUAACCUUCUUGAUCGAAUAUUUCGGAAAUAGGAUAGCCUUGUCACGCGGUAAGAAGCAUCCUCAGGGAGACGAUAUGGAACCUUCCGCGACUUCUAGCCACACCAGCCCAGUAUCGGGAACAAAAACUGGGUUAGAUUCAGCAAUUGCAAACCUGGGUCACAGUCAUGGCCAUCAAGGUUUCCCGGACGAUAAGAUUAGCGUUUUUCUCAUGGAAGCGGGCAUCAUUUUCCACUCAGUCAUCCUCGGUGUCACACUGGUAGUCUCAGGUGAUUCAGGAUACACUGCUCUAUUCAUUGUGAUAAUCUUUCAUCAGAUGUUUGAGGGCCUGGCUCUGGGCUCCCGAAUCGCUGAUCUAGCCAACACGAACAUAUCUACCAAACUUGUCAUGUCCUCUAUCUUUGCCCUCAUCACACCUCUGGGUAUGGCUAUUGGUCUAGGCGUCCUUCACUCAUUCAACGGCAAUGAUAAAAGUACUAUCGUUGCCAUAGGUACCCUCGACGCAUUCUCUGCUGGUAUACUUGCGUGGGCUGCCAUCGUUGAUAUGUGGACUCACGACUGGCUUCAUGGAGAUCUCAAAGAUGCUAGUAUUGGCCGAAUGAUGACCGGUCUACUGGCUCUCAUCAGUGGUAUGGUUUUGAUGGGAGUCUUGGGUAAAUGGGCAUGA